CAUGUCUAAUUAGGAAGAGCAUGUAGGUCAUGCAGUAAAUACCCGCGGUGGAAUUUUCCUUGCCAUAAAAUCCAACCCAAAAGUUUUGCAGAAUAUUCUUCAUGCUCCGAGAUGCUGAUGUUACAGGCCAUUCUGCAAAAGGUGAAUUUAAGCAGCAGGCCCCACGUUGUGAACUCUGGUAGAGGUGGACAUACGGACUCAGCAAAUACAGGGCCAGAGGAGGAAAACCCCAGCCAGGAGUACUACCACCUCCAUGGCCGGAUCUGGCGGUCCCUGUAUGGACUGUACCCCUUCAAGUCCAGCAUGAUCGGCCUGCAGAACCGGGACCCCUCGCUGGACUGGGACAUCGUGGAGACCAUCGGCAAGGGGACUGUAGGAAGGUGUACCCGCGUCACCAGCACCAAGGAUGGCAGCGUGGCCGCCGUCAAGGUCCUGGACCCCCGUCAACGUAAGGCCCAACACACACAAACCUUUGUUCUUAAACUGUACUUCUUUCCUACUAUUGUUUCUGGCUUGUAUCAGCACUCCUGCCACUCGAACAGAGACGUGGACGAGGAGAUCGAGGCGGAGUACAACAUCCUUAGGAGUCUGUCCAACCACCCCAAUGUGGUCAAGUUCUACGGCAUGUUCUACAAGACGGACCCCAUCGCCGGGGGUCAGCUCUGGCUGGUUCUGGAGCUGUGUAACGGCGGCUCCGUGACGGAGCUCAUCAAGGGCCUGUUCAUGCGGUCCCAACGUCUCCAGGAACCCCUCAUCGCAUACAUCCUGUACGGGGCCCUCCUGGGUCUCCAGCAUCUCCAUAACAACCGCAUCAUCCACCGCGACGUCAAGGGCAACAACAUCCUCCUGACGACGGAGGGCGGAGUCAAGCUCGUCGACUUCGGCGUCUCGGCUCAGCUGACCAGCGCCCGCCUGCGGAGGAACACGUCGGUGGGAACCCCCUUCUGGAUGGCCCCCGAGGUGAUCGCGUGCGAGCAGCAGUACGACUACUCCUACGACGCCCGCUGUGACGUGUGGUCGCUGGGCAUCACCGCCAUCGAGCUGGCGGACGGAGACCCCCCGCUGGCGGAGAUGCACCCGGUCAAGGCGCUCUUCAAGAUCCCCCGAAACCCAUCGCCCACGUUGCGUCAGCCCUCCCAGUGGUGCCGGAGUUUCAGCCAUUUCAUCGGACAGUGCCUCAUCAAGGACUUCGAGGCGCGCCCCUCGGUGUGCCACCUGCUGGAGCACCCGUUCAUCAAGCAGGCCCAGGGGAAGGACACGGCGCUGGGAGGGCAGCUGGCCGCGCUGAUCCUGGACCAGCAGGAGCAGGGCUGCAAGACCAAGACCAAGCAUGAGAGGAUCAACACCCGCAAAACGCUGAUCAUAGAGAGCGCCCCCGACGACGACCUGGUCAACCUGGAGUUCCUGGACGAGGAGACCAUCAUCAGCCACCUACAGCGGCGGUACAACGAGCUGCAGAUCUACACCUACGUCGGGGACAUCCUCAUCGCCAUCAACCCCUUCCAGGCCCUCAGCAUCUACUCACCCCAGUUCUCCAAGCUGUACCACGGGGUGAAGCGCGUGGACAACCCCCCGCACAUCUUCGCUGCUGCCGACGCAGCCUACCAGGGUAUGGUGACCUUCUGCAAGGACCAGUGUAUCAUCAUCAGUGGGGAGAGUGGAGCCGGGAAGACGGAGAGCGCUCACUUAAUCGUUCAGCACCUCACCUUCCUGGGGAAGGCCAACAACCGGACCCUCCGGGAGAAGAUCCUGCAGGUGAACCCCCUGGUGGAGGCCUUCGGGAACGCCUGCACCGCCAUCAACGACAACUCCAGCCGCUUCGGGAAGUACCUGGAGAUGAAGUUCACCCCCACCGGCGCCGUCAUGGGCGCCAAGAUCUCCGAGUACCUCCUGGAGAAGUCCCGGGUCAUCAAGCAGGCCACGGGGGAGAAGAAUUUCCACAUCUUCUAUUACUUCUACGCGGGCCUGUACCACCAAGACAAACUGAAGAAUUACCGGUUACCGGACAAGACACCUCCCAGAUACAUGAACAGUCAGCACUGCAAGGUGAUGCACGACAUCGUGACCAGCAAACUGUACAAGGAGCAGUUCGACGAGAUCCAGGACUGCUUCCGAAUCAUCGGCUUCACCGAGGAGGAGGUGACCUCUGUGUACAGAAUCCUGUCCGCCAUUUUGAUCACCGGGAACAUUGAAUUUGCCGCCAUCACCUCCCAGCACCAGACGGACAAGAGCGAGGUUCCCAACUCGGAGGCCCUUGAGAACGCGGCCUCCCUGCUGAGCAUCGGCCACGAGGAGCUGCAGGAGGCGCUGACCUCCCACUGCGUGGUGACGCGUGGGGAGACCAUCAUCCGCACCAACACGGUGGACAAGGCCACGGACGUGAGGGACGCCAUGUCCAAGGCGCUGUACGGACGCCUCUUCAGCUGGAUCGUCAACCGCAUCAACGCGCUGCUGCAGCCCGACAUGAAUAUCUGUGCUGCGGAGAGCGGAAUGAACGUGGGAAUCCUGGACAUCUUCGGCUUCGAGAACUUCAAGAGGAACUCCUUUGAGCAGCUGUGCAUCAACAUCGCUAACGAGCAGAUCCAGUUCUACUUUAAUCAGCACAUCUUCGCUCUGGAACAGAUGGAGUACCAGAGUGAGGGCGUAGACGCCAGCCUGGUGGAGUACGAGGACAACCGGCCCAUCCUGGACAUGUUCCUCCAGAAGCCCAUGGGCCUGCUGUCGCUGCUGGACGAGGAGAGCCGCUUCCCCCAGGCCACCGACCAGACCCUCGUGGAUAAAUUUGAGGACAACUUGCGCUACAAGUAUUUCUGGAGGCCAAAACGUGUGGAGCUGUGCUUUGGAAUUCAGCAUUAUGCAGGGAAGGUGUUGUACAGUGUCGCCGGCUUCUUGGAGAAGAACCGAGACACACUGCCUGCGGACAUCGUCCUGGUGCUGCGAACCUCGGAGAACAAGCUCCUCCAGCAGCUCUUCUCCAGCCCGCUCACCAAGACGGGUAGGAGAGCACAGCAACAUCUCGUUUCCAUCACCUCUCUCCAUCUCUAUCACCGUUCGUCUUGGUUCCCCCUCCGCCGCGCACCGCUAGCCCGAGACCGCGGCGGCGCGCGACACGCACAAGCACAACACAACACAACACGCUCGUCAGCGCUCGUGUGCUCCUAUCUGACGUCUCUCUCCGACGGUGUCGUUUGUUUGCGCCGUCUUUCUCCUCGUCUCCUCCUCAAGCCGGGGCCCGGCGGCCCAGACAGAGGAGUGACAGACGGGUGGACAGACAAAGGCCGGGUGGAGGGCUGCGUGGCGGGGCCUCGACGGGAGCCAGCCGGGCCGAGAGACACCCAGUGUACACAAGGGCCGCCGACGCGGCUCCAGCAGAGAGUGCCACGCCGGCGGGCCCACCAGCCCAAGCUUCUGCACAGCCCCGAGGACAGCCUGUACUACAACCAGCUCAACAGGGUGCUGGAACACCAGGGGAGCAAGAGGAAACCCAGGAAACUCGGUCAGAUCAAAGUCCUGGACGGGGAGGACGAGUACUACAAGCUCCUGGCCAGCGUGGACUCCAUCCAAGGGGAGGGGCUCUACGGGCCCGGGACCCCCCACACCCUGUUCUGAGCCCCCUUGGGGGGGCCGCAGCCCAGCCUUACUCUCCAUGAGAACCGAUGGCCUUCGUCCACACUUCACCGGACCUAAAGAUUGCAUAAUCACGCGAUUUGUGAUUUUGUAAAUUCUAUUUAUUUUUUAGAAAUCGCUUUUUUUUAUCAUUUCUUUCGUCAAUGGUUGUUGUUCUUUGGGUUACGUUUUGUUUUUGGUUCAUCGCUUGAUAUUUUAUAAAAAGAUUAAGAAAAAACCUUCCUGUUGCUGCUUCUACUUCCAGUAGUUCUUCGAGAUUCCAGGGAAUAUCUUAAUAAACCCAUCAAAACCUUUAACAUAACGUCUUACAACUUAUAGGUUGCGGUGUACCCAAUGUAAAUAUUUAUGAAUAAAGUUCUGAGAUCAGCGACCGUCAAAGACUUUCUGUUGCACAUGUAUGUUAAUACAUAAGGAAACAUGUAUGUUAAUAUUGUGAAGAUAUGGAAACGUACGCACACAUGUUUCCAUAUACAGUAAUAUAUCCCCAGACUUUCUAUUAGUCAUACGUUAUCCAUGAACAUCACAAGACCCAACGAUCUCCCCAUGAAAUUGUGUUUCCUUAUCUUUAAAGAUGAUUGGGAUGAUAUUUGGAUCACAUGUAUUCAUUCACUGGCAGGGUGUUCGCUGCUAGCUUUGACUGUUUGAUGUUUUAACCAAGAACUCACACAGCAGCGACAAACUUUGCUGUCUGACCUCCUUCAGCUUUUGCCGCUUCUUUGGGAUAAUCUCGGUCAGAAAAGAGACUCUCAAACCAAGUUACAAUUGAUUUUGUCGUGUACGGUAUUUAUGGGUCCUCCUGGAUGUGUCAAAAUAACAGUGUACCCCUGAAGAAAUACUGUGUAUAACAUUAGCGCCAUUGUAACGGUUGUUUCAUGGGUAUAAAUCUCAAUCUGUAAUUCAAUCCCAUGAGUUUGGGCAGGGAGCACAAACACAGGGGGAGGAUGAGAAACCAUCGACAGACGUAGAAAUGUUUGUUGUAAAAGAAUAAGAUCAAACAAAAGACCUGUAAAGUCUCUGACAAUGUGCUUUAUAUAACAUUAAGGUUUGCAUCCCAAUGAGCAUGUGUCCUGUUUGGUUGGAGAGUUAUGGCGCGGCGAUGUUUUUAUGGGCCUUCAGGGCCGCCCAUGUCAUUUGUUGAUAAAUAAGUGUGAUUUGAUUUGUUUUCUCACUGAGAGUCAAGGACUUCAGUUUUUUGUUUGCCUUUGAAACUGAAACUUUUUGCCUGUUCACCGUUUGUAUCGCGAUGUCAAUGUGUAUGUUGUUACGAAUCACCUUUUAAUUACUUGUUUUUAUUAAAGAGAGAUGAACAAACUGAAUCCAAAACACAAUGUUUUAAAGGGUUUAAAAACAAUUGUGUUAUAGUAAACUUCCACAAAACCACAAAACAGAUCAGAAGAUGAUAUCUAUGUUUAAGUAAAACACUGAAGCGCACAGCAAUUGUAAUAAAUACACCAUUAAUAGCACUGCCCACUUGUGUUGUCAUGUUUGUCCAAU